UCUCGGAUCUCUAAACACUCUACUUUCCCUUUUCAUUCUCCAUCUCACCACCCAUCGUCGAUUCCGACCAUUUUAUCUUCUCCGAUUCCCCCCUUUUACCCUCAAUUAGGGUUACGCUUCUCCGCUUUCCCGUAGCGUGUCCAAUUUGUUGUGCUUCUUCUGUUAUAGGAGCUGGAGAGGCUAGACUGUAGGAGCAUAGCAAAUUUUGAUCUCAAAGAUCAGGUCUUCUGAGGAAGAAGAAGAUCUGAGGCAUUCAUAAUGAGCGCUUCCAAAUUCAUCAAGUGCGUAACUGUGGGUGAUGGUGCGGUUGGCAAGACCUGCCUCCUGAUUUCAUACACCAGCAACACUUUCCCCACGGAUUAUGUCCCAACUGUAUUCGACAAUUUCAGUGCAAAUGUGGUUGUCAAUGGGAGUACUGUUAACCUCGGGUUGUGGGACACUGCUGGACAAGAGGAUUAUAACAGACUGAGACCUCUGAGUUACCGUGGAGCUGAUGUAUUCAUCUUGGCAUUUUCUCUCAUUAGUAAAGCCAGCUAUGAAAACGUUGCCAAAAAGUGGAUCCCCGAGUUGAAACAUUAUGCUCCUGGUGUGCCUAUAGUUCUUGUUGGUACUAAACUUGAUCUCCGGGAUGACAAACAGUUCUUUAUUGACCAUCCUGGUGCCGUGCCAAUCACCACUGCUCAGGGAGAGGAGCUUAGGAAAUCGAUUGGUGCACCUGCUUAUGUUGAGUGCAGUUCAAAAACACAAAUGAAUGUAAAAGCAGUAUUCGAUGCUGCCAUUAAAGUUGUGCUGGCACCGCCCAAGCAGAAGAAAAAGAAGGGCAAGGCUCAGAAGGCUUGCUCGAUAUUGUGAUUGGCUGAAGAUAUAUGACUUAAUACUAUUCUCUUUUCUACCCCUCAUUUCAUCUUGCCGCCUCUUCCUUUGUUUCAGAGGAUGGGGGGUGGUCGCACAUUUUAGGGAAACAAGUUUGCACAGUGAUGCUGCUUUUACUUUUAAUGCGUUGUAUUGUCUUAAUCCUUUCUAUUUUCUGGUUUCCACUAUACUGCAUAGGAUGUUCAACUCAUCCAUUUUACAUAUUGUAGAAUGUAAUAGUUGUAUUUAUUUAUAAUCUAUCCGAAACUUCUAUAUAUGUCUUUGCAAGUUGGAUUGCGACAGGGAUGAGAAAUGUGUUUAGGCAUUUAAAUGUAAAUGAAUCAACUCGUGGUGUCAUUAAUCGUCUAC